AUGGAUCUUCGGGGUGUUGUUGUGUUGUUUCUGUAUCUAGUUCCCCUGUUUCUACUGUCUGAUCUGUCUAUUUCGGCUGCCCAAUUCUCUGGAUUGCGCAAGGGGGGGAAGCAUACUGAUGGGUCGGUGCUGAAAUUGAAAACGGAUGCGUCCCCAAUUACUGUUGAUCCAACCCGGGUCACCCAAAUUUCUUGGCGGCCCAGGGCUUUUAUAUACAGAAAGUUCUUGACAAGUGAGGAGUGUGAUCAUCUUAUUACCCUGGCCAAGGAUAAGCUGGAGAAAUCAAUGGUGGCUGACAAUGAAUCUGGUAAGAGCAUAGAGAGUGAAGUUCGGACGAGUUCAGGAAUGUUCCUGAGAAAACAUCAGGAUGAAGUUGUUGCUGGUAUUGAGGAGAGGAUUGCUGCUUGGACAUUUCUUCCUGUUGAGAAUGGGGAGGCUAUGCAAAUACUGCAUUAUGAGCAUGGGCAAAAGUAUGAGCCGCAUUUUGAUUAUUUCCAUGACAAGGAAAAUCAGAAAUUGGGUGGUCAUAGAGUAGCUACUGUGCUUAUGUAUUUAUCAGAUGUCGGUGAGGGUGGAGAAACAGUUUUCCCCAAUUCAGAGCAAAAAGAUACCCAGCCAAAGGGUGACGACUGGUCUGACUGUGCUAAAAAUGGCUAUGCUGUAAAACCCAAUAAGGGUGACGCGUUGCUGUUUUUCAGUCUACAUCCUGAUGCAACAACCGACCCUUUGAGCUUGCAUGGAAGUUGUCCUGUAAUCCAAGGAGAGAAAUGGUCUGCCACAAAAUGGAUUCAUGUGAGCAAUUUCGACAGACCUGCUGAUGAAUGUGUUGAUAAGAACCCAAAUUGCGCCCAGUGGGCUACAGCAGGUGAAUGUGUUAAGAAUCCCACAUAUAUGGUGGGUUCAGAUGAAACUGUUGGUUAUUGCAGGAAGAGCUGCAAGGCUUGCUGA